AUGUGGUGUACAUCUACAUGUGAUCAACACGUUGUUGGCCGGCACCCAGCAGGUGUCAUCAUUACGCCGACCCAGCAGGUGUCACCAUUACGCCGACCCAGCAGGUGUCACCAUUACGCCGACCCAGCAGGUGUCAUCAUUACGCCCACCCAGCAGGUGUCACCAUUACGCCCACCCAGCAGGUGUCAUCAUUACGCCCACCCAGCAGGUGUCAUCAUUACGCCCACCCAGCAGGUGUCAUCAUUACGCCCACCCAGCAGGUGUCAUCAUUACGCCCACCCAGCAGGUGUCAUCAUUACGCCGACCCAGCAGGUGUCAUCAUUACGCUGACCGUGUGUGAGCUGAUAGUCAGGGGAGGGAAAUGAGCUGAUUAAAAAGACAUGAGCCCUAAUACAUGCCAUCCAUCUCUCUGUUAACACUCUUAAAGUGGAACUUACAGCGUUUUAGCAACAUAAAAUCUGUUCAAAUACACCCCCAGGAAGAAUAUGACACCUUUUAUAUUGUGUAUAUAUAUUUUCUGACAAGCGAGCACUUAGAUUUUCACAUUGUCAUAAAUUCUUAGAAUGUUUGGGAAUGAUGUAUAAUAAGGCAUUUGUGAAAAUGCUAUUGCUGCCGUGCAUUUGGACAAUUAAUAGACACUGCAGUAAAUAAACCUAAUAAAAACUUCCAGGACCGGAGUCUACGUAGACCGGUGCACCAUAGCCAAUCAGAGCUUCAGUAGACCUUUAUGCAAAUAAUCCAUGUUCCACACGGGCCUGCUAUCAUUCACUUUGAACUGGACUGUGUGUUUACAGGCGGUAGCACCAGCGCGACUUUAGAGCAUUAGAACGCAUUCACCAAAAGCCACAAAAUACUCCUUAAUGGAUUUCUACAAAUAUGUAAAUACCACGGGAGUCCUCUUACAUUUGGGAACUUUACAGUCCUAUUGAUCAAACAACCAUGAAAAGGUAGGCUCUCUGUCCCUCAGUUAUGCACAUCAACAACAACAAGAUCAACAACUAAUGCUAGCCAGAGCGAGAUGAGCUAAAAUCUAACGAGGGAACAUUAGAUAAACCCUCUCAAACCUUUUCAGCUAGUUGGUCGUCAAAAUUGCACUUAUAAACGAUGAGGAAUAGUAGCCUGCUCGCCCUUUUGCAGCUUGCCUGCCAAUGCAUGCUUGUCCCAACCCACGUUUUGACAACUGAAUGGGAACUUGCCUGCCUGCCCAUUUGAUCGAUGCCAAAUACAUUUGAUUGACAACUAAGGGUGUGUUGGUACAUUUCCUCCAGUGUGUCAGAGCGCACGCUGUACCAUAGACACUGGAUGCUCUGGCCGAGGGGGAGGGUUGAUCCGAGCGUUCCUCACAACAAGACGCCGCUUGGGUGCCAAGCUAACUGGCUAACUUUACUCACCCUAGCAGAGCUGGUUUGGCUGUUUUCAUGUUAUCUAGAGCGUUAGUAAAAAAAACUGUGCUGCUGGAAACAAUUUAAGAACUUUCUUUUGCCGACGUUUACUGACACGGUCAUAUUCGGCGGGUGUUGCGCGUUCGUAAAUUCAUCAGUUAUUCUGCGCUCUGGCAUACUCCGAUGAGCGCUUUGAAAUCGGAGUAGAUAGCCAGAGUGAAUUUACGAACACAAGAGAUAUGCUAACUGGAUAACAGUCAUUCAAGUUCAGCAUAGCUAGCUAGCUAGCGAAGUGAUUCACAUUUCUUGCUAGCUAACCAAGUGACACCUGCAUCUCUAGCUGUAGCCACCGAAAAACGAUAUGAGGGGAAAAAGUUGAUCAGUCACCCACUCCUCCAAUGACAUGACAUCCUCCCAGCAGCUAGCUAGCUAACAUUUGGCUCUGUGUUUUUAGCUUUCUAAAUAAAUAGUUACAUAAAUAGAUACACUAGCAUAUUAGCCACAUUAUGAUUGACUUCUUAUCAUUGCCGUUGCUAGUUGGAUUGUAUUGACAAUCCCAGCCUUAGUUACAUUUGUCCGUUUUUAUAAAAAAUAUUGUGUCAUUGAAACUGAAACAGUGCAUCCCGAAUGGGUGGAGGCAGCAAACAAUGUACCAGGCCAGCUGUGAUUUACAACCUGAUAGCAAUAUUUUUUGGACUACCAAGAAAUGUAUUGGUGAAUUAUAUUAAUCAUGCAUUGAACUGCAUCCAUCUAUUCUGCCAACAAUGUCUUACCGUACAUCAUGGAGUUUUGAGUCAAAUAGAGCCUGUUUUUAAAACCUCUUGUAAAGUUGUUUUUGUAGCAUAAACUGGGAAUUUAAUAUUUUUGACUGAUAUUAUGAUUGUCUGUUUGUUUCAUAUCUGCAAAGUAGUUAAAACGCUGUCAGUUCCACUUUAACGUUACCCAAUCACUACUCAGAUACCAUCUCUCUGUUAACUCCUUUAACGUUACCCAAUCACUACUCAGAUACCAUCUCUGUUAACUCCCUUACCGUUACCCAAUCACCACAUCUCCCUUUCAUCUCACCAGCCAAUCAGUUUCCAGAUUCAUAUUCCUGUCAGCUUAUCCUCAGCCAAUCAACAUACAACAACUUUCUCUCUCACCAGUCAGACUUCAGGAUACAGUGAUAUGAGAUGUUCUCUUUCUGGAAAGAUAACUGAAGCGUGGGUGGCAAAUAAAGGUUUAUUAUUAAUUCAUGGUACACCGGAUAGGUGCAGUUAAAUGUGUUGUUUUACAGGGUCAGCCAUAGUAGUAUGUCACCCCUGGAGUAAAUUAGGGUUAAGUGUCUUUCUCAAAGGCACAUCGAGAGGUUUUUCACCUUGUCGGCUCGGGUAUUCGAAAACCAGCGACCUUUCGGUUACUGGCCCAACGCUCUAACCGCUAGGCUACCUGUCGCCGCUACUUGUCAGUCAGUAGAGCUGUGUGAAACAGUCAGUCAGUAGAGCUGUGUGAAACAGUCAGUCAGUAGAGUUGUGUGAAACAGUCAGUCAGUAGAGCUGUGUGAAACAGUCAGUCAGAGUUGUGUGAAACAGUCAGUCAGUAGAGUUGUGUGAAACAGUCAGUCAGUAGAGUUGUGUGAAACAGUCAGUCAGUAGAGUUGUGUGAAGCAGUCAGUCAGUAGAGUUGUGUGAAGCAGUCAGUCAGUAGAGUUGUGUGAAACAGUCAGUCAGUAGAGUUGUGUGAAACAGUCAGUCAGUAGAGCUGUGUGAAACAGUCAGUCAGUAGAGUUGUGUGAAGCAGUCAGUCAGUAGAGUUGUGUGAAACAGUCAGUCAGUAGAGCUGUGUGAAACAGUCAGUCAGUAGAGUUGUGUGAAGCAGUCAGUCAGUAGAGUUGUGUGAAACAGUCAGUCAGUAGAGUUGUGUGAAACAGUCAGUCAGUAGAGCUGUGUGAAACAGUCAGUCAGUAGAGUUGUGUGAAGCAGUCAGUCAGUAGAGUUGUGUGAAACAGUCAGUCAGUAGAGCUGUGUGAAACAGUCAGUCAGUAGAGUUGUGUGAAACAGUCAGUCAGUAGAGCUGUGUGAAACAGUCAGUCAGUAGAGCUGUGUGAAACAGUCAGUCAGUAGAGUUGUGUGAAACAGUCAGUCAGUAGAGCUGUGUGAAACAGUCAGUCAGUAGAGCUGUGUGAAACAGUCAGUCAGUCAGAGUUGUCUGAAACAGUCAGUCAGUAGAGUUGUGUGAAGCAGUCAGUCAGUAGAGUUGUGUGAAGCAGUCAGUAGAGUUGUGUGAAACAGUCAGUCAGUAGAGUUGUGUGAAACAGUCAGUCAGUAGAGCUGUGUGAAACAGUCAGUCAGUAGAGUUGUGUGAAGCAGUCAGUAGAGUUGUGUGAAACAGUCAGUCAGUAGAGUUGUGUGAAACAGUCAGUCAGUAGAGCUGUGUGAAACAGUCAGUCAGUAGAGUUGUGUGAAACAGUCAGUCAGUAGAGCUGUGUGAAACAGUCAGUCAGUAGAGUUGUGUGAAGCAUUGUCAGUAGAGUUGUGUGCAACAGAAACAGUCAAUAAAGUUGUGUGAAACAGUUAAUCUGUCAUUAGAGCUGUGUGAAGCAGUCAGUCAGUAGAGUUGUGUGAAACAGUCAGUCAGUAGAGUUGUGUGAAACAGUCAGUCAGUAGAGUUGUGUGAAGCAGUCAGUCAGUAGAGUUGUGUGAAACAGAAACAGUUAGUCAAGAGUUGUGUGAAGCAGUCAGUCAGUAGAGUUGUGUGAAGCAGUCAGUCAGUAGAGUUGUGUGAAGCAGUCAGUCAGUAGAGUUGUGUGAAGCAGUCAGUCAGUAGAGUUGUGUGAAGCAGUCAGUCAGUAGAGUUGUGUGAAGCAGUCAGUCAGUAGAGUUGUGUGAAACAGUCAGUCAGUAGAGUUGUGUGAAACAGUCAGUCAGUAGAGUUGUGUGAAACAGUCAGUCAGUAGAGUUGUCUGAAACAGUCAGUCAGUAGAGUUGUCUGAAACAGUCAGUCAGUAGAGUUGUCUGAAACAGUCAGUCAGUAGAGUUGUCUGAAACAGUCAGUCAGUAGAGUUGUGUGAAGCAGUCAGUCAGUAGAGUUGUCUGAAACAGUCAGUCAGUAGAGUUGUGUGAAACAGUCAGUCAGUAGAGUUGUGUGAAACAGUCAGUCAGUAGAGUUGUGUGAAACAGUCAGUCAGUAGAGUUGUGUGAAACAGUCAUUGUGUGAAACAGUCAGUCAGUAGAGUUGUGUGAAACAGUCAAUAGAGUUGUGUGAAACAGUCAGUCAGUAGAGUUUUGUGAAACAGUCAGUCACUAGAGUUGUGUGAAGCAGUUAAUCUGUCAUUAGAGCUGUGUGAAACAGAAACAGUUAGUCAAGAGUUGUGUGAAGCAGUCAGUCAGUAGAGUUGUGUGAAACAGUCAGUCAGUAGAGUUGUGUGAAACAGUCAGUCAGUAGAGUUGUGUGAAGCAUUGUCAGUAGAGUUGUGUGCAACAGAAACAGUCAAAGUUGUGUGAAGCAGUUAAUCUGUUAUUAGAGCUGUGUGAAACAGUCAGUAGAGUUGUGUGAAACAGAAACAGUUAGUCAGUAGAGUUGUGUGAAGCAGUCAGUAGAGUUGUGUGAAGCAGUCAGUCAGUAGAGUUGUGUGAAGCAGUCAGUCAGUAGAGUUGUGUGAAACAGUCAGUCAGUAGAGUUGUCUGAAACAGUCAGUCAGUAGAGUUGUCUGAAACAGUCAGUCAGUAGAGUUGUCUGAAACAGUCAGUCAGUAGAGUUGUCUGAAACAGUCAGUCAGUAGAGUUGUCUGAAACAGUCAGUCAGUAGAGUUGUGUGAAGCAGUCAGUCAGUAGAGUUGUCUGAAACAGUCAGUCAGUAGAGUUGUGUGAAACAGUCAGUCAGUAGAGUUGUGUGAAACAGUCAGUCAGUAGAGUUGUGUGAAACAGUCAGUCAGUAGAGUUGUGUGAAACAGUCAGUCAGUAGAGUUGUGUGAAACAGUCAAUAGAGUUGUGUGAAACAGUCAGUCAGUAGAGUUUUGUGAAACAGUCAGUCACUAGAGUUGUGUGAAGCAGUUAAUCUGUCAUUAGAGCUGUGUGAAGCAGUCAGUCAGUAGAGUUGUGUGAAACAGUCAGUCAGUAGAGUUGUGUGAAACAGUCAGUCAGUAGAGUUGUGUGAAGCAUUGUCAGUAGAGUUGUGUGCAACAGAAACAGUCAAAGUUGUGUGAAGCAGUUAAUCUGUUUAUUAGAGCUGUGUGAAACAGUCAGUAGAGUUGUGUGAAACAGAAACAGUUAGUCAGUAGAGUUGUGUGAAGCAGUCAGUAGAGUUGUGUGAAGCAGUCAGUAGAGUUGUGUGAAACAGUCAGUCAGUAGAGUUGUCUGAAACAGUCAGUCAGUAGAGUUUGUCUGAAACAGUCAGUCAGUAGAGUUUGUCUGAAACAGUCAGUCAGUAGAGUUGUCUGAAACAGUCAGUCAGUAGAGUUGUCUGAAACAGUCAGUCAGUAGAGUUGUGUGAAACAGUCAGUCAGUAGAGUUGUCUGAAACAGUCAGUCAGUAGAGUUGUGUGAAACAGUCAGUCAGUAGAGUUGUGUGAAACAGUCAUUGUGUGAAACAGUCAGUCAGUAGAGUUUUGUGAAACAGUCAAUAGAGUUGUGUGAAACAGUCAGUCAGUAGAGUUUUGUGAAACAGUCAGUCAGUAGAGUUGUGUGAAACAGUCAGUCAGUAGAGUUGUGUGAAACAGUUAGUCAGUAGAGUUGUGUGAAACAAACAGUCAGUCAGUAGAGUUGUGUGAAACAGAAACAGUUAGUCAGUAGAGUUGUGUGAAGCAGUCAGUCAGUAGAGUUGUGUGAAACAGUCAGUCAGUAGAGUUGUGUGAAACAGUCAGUCAGUAGAGUUGUGUGAAACAGUCAGUCAGUAGAGUUGUGAGAAGCAGUCAGUCAGUAGAGUUGUGUGAAACAGUCAGUCAGUAGAGUUGUGUGAAACAGUCAGUCAGUAGAGUUGUGAGAAACAGUCAGUCAGUAGAGUUGUGUGAAGCAUUGUCAGUAGAGUUGUGUGCAACAGAAACAGUCAGUAGAGUUGUGUGAAACAGUCAGUAGAGUUGUGUGAAACAGAAACAGUCAGUCAGUAGAGUUGUGUGAAACAGUCAGUCAGUAGAGUUGUGUGAAACAGUCAGUCAGUAGAGUUGUGUGAAGCAUUGUCAGUAGAGUUGUGUGCAACAGAAACAGUCAGUAGAGUUGUGUGAAACAGUCAGUCAGUAGAGUUGUGUGAAACAGAAACAGUCAGUAGAGUUGUGUGAAGCAUUGUCAGUAGAGUUGUGUGCAACAGAAACAGUCAGUAGAGUUGUGUGAAACAGUCAGUCAGUAGAGUUGUGUGCAACAGAAACAGUCAGUAGAGUUGUGUGAAACAGUAAAGUAGUGCUGGACAGGACCUACCCUACCCUGUGUGUGGUGACAGAUACAUCGAGCUGCCCUCUGAGUGACCGAGAGAUCAAUAGUCCAUUUCAACUCAGCCCCACUCUGUACAGCUAAAGGCCUUUUGGCUUUGGGAAGCUAGGUGGCCAUUUUGGAGCGUAAAAAUUAGCAGUCUUAUAUUUGUUCCAUUUCCCAAUGAUGGAGACAACUGUGCUCUAGGAAACGUUCAACACUCUAGAAAUUGCUUUAUACCUUUCCCAAGAUAUAUUCCUCAUCACAAGUCUAUCUUGGAGACCUACGGACAGUUUCUUGGACUUCAUGGUAUAGUUUCUCCUCUGACGUGCACUGUCAACUGUGGGACCUUAUAUUAGACAAGUGUAUUUCUUUCUAAAUCAUGUCCAAACAAUUGAAUUGGCCAGGUGAUCAAAGUAAAUUGGAUUACACCUGAGCUCAAUCUGUAGUGUCAUAGCAAAGGGGUGUGAAUACAAAGGGGUAUUUCUGUGUUUCAUUUUCAAUACAUUUGCUGAAAUGUCUAAAUAUGUUUUCACUUUGUCGUUAGGGGGUAUUGUGUAUAGAUGGGUGAUAAAAAUCAAUGUUGAAUUCAGGCUGUAACAACAAAAUGUGGAAUAAGUCAAGGGGUAUGAAUACUUUCUGAAGGCACUGCGUGAUUGAUUGAUUUUAUUAUUAUAAUGUCAUGAAUCUUCAGGAUGAUCCGAUAGGCUUAUAAAUCGCUGUAGCAAAAUACAAUUAUGUAUAUGUAUGUGUAUAUAUAUAUAUAUAUAUAUAUAUUAUAUAUAUAUAUAUAUAUAUAUAUAUAUAUAUAUAUAUAUAUAUAUAUACAGUGAGGGAAAAAAGUAUUUGAUCCCCUGCAGAUUUUGUACGUUUGCCCACUGACAAAGACAUGAUCAGUCUAUAAUUUUAAUGGUUAGAUUUAUUUGAACAGUGAGAGACAGAAUAACAACAACAAAAUCCAGAAAAAACGCAUGUCAAAAAUGUUAUAAAUUGAUUGCAUUUUUAAUGAGGGAAAUAAGUAUUUGACCCCCUCUCAAUCAGAAAGAUUUCUGGUUCCAAGGUGUCUUUUAUACAGGUAACGAGCUGAGAUUAGGAGCACACUCUUAAAGGGAGUGACUGCUAAUCUCAGUUUGUUACCUGUAUAAAAGACACCUGUCCACAGAAGCAAUCAAUCAAUCAGAUUCCAAACUCUGCACCAUGGCCAAGACCAAAGAGCUCUCCAAGGAUGUCAGGGACAAGAUUAUAGACCUAUACAAGGCUGGAAUGGGCUACAAGACCAUCGCCAAGCAGCUUGGUGAGAAGGUGACAACAGUUGAUGUGAUUAUUCGCAAAUGGAAGAAACACAAAAAGAACUGUCAAUCUCCCUCGGCCUGGGAAACAUGCAAGAUCUCACCUCGUGGAGUUGCAAUGUUCAUGAGAACGGUGAGGAAUCAGCCCAGAACUACACAGGAUGAUCUUGUCAAUGAUCUCAAGGCAGCUGGGACCAUAGUCACCAAGAAAACAAUUGGUAACACACUACGCCGUUGAAGGACUGAAAUCCUGCAGCGCCCGCAAGGUCCCCCUGCUCAAGAAAGCACAUAUACAGGGCCGUCUGAAGUUUGCCAAUGAACAUCUGAAUGAUUCAGAGGAGAACUGGGUGAAAGUGUUGUGGUCAGAUGAGACCAAAAUCGAGCUCUUUGGCAUCAACUCAACUCGCCGUGUUUGGAGGAGGAGGAAUGCUGCCUAAGACCCCAAGAACACCAUCCCCACCGUCAAAACAUGGAGGUGGAAACAUUAUGCUUUGGGGGUGUUUUUUCUGCUAAGGGGACAGGACAACUUCACCGCAUUAAAGGGACGAUGGACGGGGCCAUGUACCGUCAAAUCUUGGGUGAGAACCUCCUUCCCUCAGCCAGGGCAUUGAAAAUGGGUCGUGGAUGGGUAUUCCAGCAUGACCAAUGACCCAAAACACCACGGCCAAGGCAACAAAGGAGUGGCUCAAGAAGAAACACAUUAAGGUCCUGGAGUGGCCUAGCCAGUCUCCAGACCUUAAUCCCAUAGAAAAUCUGUGGAGGGAGCUGAAGGUUCGAGUUGCCAAACGUCAGCCUCGAAACCUUAAUGACUUGGAGAAGAUCUGCAAAGAGGAGUGGAACAAAAUCCCUCCUGAGAUGUGUGCAAACCUGGUGGCCAACUACAAGAAACUUCUGACCUUCUGUGAUUGCCAAACAAGGGUUUUACCACCAAGUACUAAGUCAUGUUUUUGCAAAGGGGUCAAUACUUAUUCCCUCAUUAAAAUGCAAAUCAAUUAUAACAUUUUUUGACAUGCGUUUUUUCUGGAUUUUGUUGUUGUUCAUUCCUGUCUCUCACUGUUCAAAUAAACCUACCAUUAAAAUCAUAGACUUGAUUCAUGUCUUUGUCAGUGGGCCAAAACGUACAACAUCAGCAGGGGAUCAAAUACUUUUUUCCCUCACUGUAUCUAAUAUAUAUAUAUCAUAUAUAUUAUAUAUAGAUAUAUAUAUAUAUUAUAGAUAUAUAGAUAUAUAUACACCACCAAAAACCACAUUAUAUAUAUAUAUAUACACACCAUAACAUAUUAUGUAUAACACACAUACGAUAUAAAUAUUAAUAUAAUAUAUAAUAUAUAUAUAUAUAUAUAUAUAUAGAUAAUAUAUAUAAUACACACAAAUAUAAAUAAACACACAUACAAAUUGUGGAAAAAAUUAAGGAAAUGCAAAAUUAUCAGUUUUUGGUUUUCCUAUUUUUAUGUUGAGUUUUUUAAAAAAAAAAAUUUUUGUUUUUUCUAUAAACUAGACAACAUUUCUCCCCAAAAACCCCCCCAAAAUAUUGUCAUUUUAAAAUUUUUUUGCAGAAAAAAUAUUGGUCAAAAUAACAAAAAGAGGUGUGUAGACCCGUAAUGCAAAAAAAUAAAUUUAAAGUUCAUUUUUAAACAACACAUACUAAAGUUUUAAUUUAGAAAAACAAUAUUUUUUGGAAAACCCUGAUUUUCAAUCACAGUUUCAUGGUCUUUUGGGAUGCUCCACCAGUCUUUUAAAUUUAUUUGGGUGACUUUAUGCAUCCUGGCACAAAAAUUCAAGCGCUGGCUUGUUGAUGGCUUUUUGACAAAACCCUUUCCUCUUUUAAUUUCAAAAGUUUUUUUAAAAGGGGUUCAGGUCGGAGAUUGGGCUGGCCAUGACAGGGUUUGAUUGGUGGUUCCAUCCCCCAAAUUGAUUGACUGGUUGUGGAUGGCGCAUUGUCCUGCUGGAAAAAAAAAAACCCCCGGUUUGGGGGAAAAAUGUCAGAGCAAAAGGAAGCCGUUUUUCAGGACAGCCUUGUACGUGGCUUUAUUUGCGUCCCUUUCCCAAAAACAAAAAUUUCCCGAUUUUCCCGCCUUGCUGAAGCACCCAGACAUCACCGAUCCCCCACCAAUUUCCAGUGGGGGGAGACACGUGGUUGUAGGCCUCCCGGGCUCCGUCUAAACCCUUAGAUGACCAGGUGUUUGGGGAAAGCGAAAAUUGGGCUCAUAGGAAGAGACCUUAUCCAAUCUUAUGGCUUUUGCAACCUCAGCCCGGGUUUCUUGCUUUUCCCUUGAUGAAGGGGUUUUUUGUAGUUUUAGACUUAAACCCUGCCCCCCGGAGCCUGUUUCGAACCGCCUCGCCGUGAUUCACCCCCGCUGCCCUUUGGCAUUCUUUUUGGGAGGUUUUUACUUGAUGUUUUAAAAAAACCUCCCCCGGUUGAGGACCCCCCCCCCGGAAGACCAAAAAAGCUCUCCAAAUUUGGGGGAAACAAGAUUAUAGACCUAUACAAGGCGGGAAAAGGGGGCUACAAGCCCCUCCCAAGAAAGCUUGGGGGAGAAGGUGAAAAAAGGUUGAUGGAUUAUCGCAAAUGGAAAAAAAAAACCCAAAAGAACUGUCAAUCUCCCUCGGCCUGGGAAAAAACAGGCCCAAACCACUCGGGAGUUGCAAUGUCAGGGAAGGGUGGGGAAAUCACCCAAAGAACAAAAAAAGGGAGAUUUGUAAAUGAUUUUCAAGGCCUGGGACCAUGUCCCAAGAAAAAAAAUUUGGUAAACACUACGCCGUAAAGGACUAAAAUCCUGCAGCGCCCGCAAGGCCCCCCCUUUUCCAAGAAAGCAAAUAUCCGGGCCUUUUAAAUUUUCCAAUAAACUCUAAUAAAUUAAAAGGGGAAAAAAACGGGGUUUUAAAAAAGUGUUUGGUCAGAUAAACCAAAAUCGACCCUUUUUGGGGCUUUCAACCCCAACCCCCUUUUUUGGGAAGGAGGAGGAAUGCUCCCCCUAAGACCCCAAAAAAAACAAUCCCCCCCCGGGUUCAAAAUGGGGGGGGGAAACUUGUUUUUGGGGGGUUUUUCGGGCUAAGGGGACGGGAAAACUUCACCCCGCAAAAGGGACGUUUUACGGGGGCCAUGUACCGUAAAAUUUUGGGAUAAACCCCCUUCCCCUCACCCAGGGCAUUGAAAUGGGGGGGGGAUGGGUUUUUCCAGCAUGAAAAUGACCCAAAACACAGGGCCAAAGGCAAAAAAGGAGUGGCUCAAGAAGAAAAAAUUUAAAAGGUUUUGGAUUGGCCAAACCCAGCCCUCCCAACCCUUUAAUCCCAUAGAAAAUUUUUGGGGGGGGCCUAAAGGUUCGAGUUCCCCAAACUUUCCCCCAAAGAAAAAACCCUUUAAAGGACUUGGAAAGAUUUCAAAGAGGAGGGGAAACCCAAAACCCCCUGAAUGUUUUCCCAAAACCUGGUCCCCCAAACUACAAAAAAUUCCCUGACCUUUGGAUUGCCAAAAAGGGUUUUUUACCAAAGUACUAAGUCAUGUUUUGAAAAAGGGGUAAAAUAUUUAUUUCCCCAUAAAAUUUAAAACCCUUUUUUAAAAAAAUUUUUGACUUUGGUUUUUUUUUGGUUUUUGGGUUGUUGUUAUUCGGUCCUCACGGGGCCCAAAAAACCCCCAAAACCAAGCGGACACCGGGCAGGGGGAAAAAGGGCAAAACAGCAGGGGUAAAAAACCUUUUCCCCAGGGGAAAAAAAAAAAAAAAGAUAAAAAAUUUAGAAAAAAUAAAAUUAAAACCCCACACCCCAAAAUUAAAAUAUAAAUAACACAUCCCAAUAUAGAACACAACCAUAUAUUAUAUUUAUAUAUUAUAUUAUUUUUAUAUAUAUAAAUAUAUAUUUUAAUUAAUAUUCUACCCACACAUGGUACAUAUAUUAUAUAUAUACACACAUACAUACAUCUGUGGAAAAAAUAAGAGACACUGCCAAAAAUUAUCAGUUUCUCUGGUUUUCCUAUUUAUAUGUAUGAGUUUGGGAUAAAAAAAACUUUUUUGUUUUAUUCUAUAAACUACUGACAACAUUUUCUCCCAAAUUCCCCCCAUAAAUAUUGUCAUUUAGAGCAUUUAUUUGCAGAAAAUUAUCUGGUCAAAAUAACAAAAAAGAUGCAGUGUUGUCAGACCUCGACUAAUGCAAGAAAAUUAACAUUAAUGCUUCAUUUUUUAAACAACACAUACUAAUGUUUUAAUUUAGAAAAUCAAAUAUUUGUUGGAAUAACCCUGAUUUUCAAUCACAGCUUUCAUGCGUCUGGCAUGCUCUCCACCAGUCUUCACUUGAUGUUGGGUGACUUUAUGGCCACUCCUGGCACAAAAAUUCAAGCAGCUCGGCUUUGUUUGAUGGCUUGUGACCAUCCAUCUUCCUCUUGAUCACAUUUCAAAAGUUUUUAAAUGGGGUUCAGGUCUGGAGAUUGGGCUGGCCAUGACAGGGUCUUGAUCUGGUGGUCCUCCAUCCACACCUUGAUUGACCUGGCUGUGUGGCAUGGCGCAUUGUCCUGCUGGAAAAAAACAAUCCUCAGAGUUGGGGAACAAUGUCAGAGCAAAAGGAAGCACGUUUUCUUCCAGGACAGCCUUGUACUUGGCUUGACUUCAUGCGUCCUUCACAAAGACAAAUCUGCCCGAUUCCCAGCCUUGCUGAAGCACCCCAGAUCAUCACCGAUCCUCCACCAAAUUUCACAGUGGGUGGAGACACUGUGGCUUGUAGGCCUCUCCAGGUCUCCCGUCUAACCAUUAGAUGACCAGGUGUUGGGCAAAGCUGAAAAUUGGACUCAUCAGAGAAGAUGACCUUACUCCAAUCCUUAUGGUCUUUUGCAAACCUCAGCCUGGCUCUUCUUUGCUUCUCAUUGAUGAAGGGAUUUUUUGUAGCUUUGCACGACUUCAGCCCUGCCCCUAGGAGCCUGUUUUCGAACCGUCUCGCCGUGCACUUCACCCCAGCUGCCGUUUGGCAUUCUUUUGUAGGUCACUUGAUGUCAUCCUACGGUUGUUGAGUGACAUUCGAAUGAGUUGACGGUCAUCCCGGUCAGUAGAGAGUUGUUUUCGCCCUCUGCCGGUCUGUAGCUUUGUUGUCCCCAAUGUCUGCUGCUUGACCUUGUUCUUAUGAACCGCCGUCUUUGACAUUUUUAGGAUGGAAGUAACCUGACGCUCACUGCAUCCCUCUGCCAGUAAAGCCAGAAUUGAACCCUUCUUUUCCUCACUCAACACUUUCCUUUUCAACUCUUUUGGCAUAGUCAAUAGUAAUUUUUUAAUUAAUAUUACUUUUGAGGUACUAUUAGUACUGUUUUUGCCAUCCAGCUGAUCCUAUUGCAAGAGGAUAGUGAUGACCACAGCAGUGGUGUUUAUACUUUUCCUCGUUAAAUAAGAUUUGGUUCAGGUGAUCGCAUAAUCAGUACCUAAUUCAGUAGAAUGAGGUGUGCCUGUGUUGGAAUUCAACAGACACCGGAAUGGAAUGGCUGUCAUACAUGUAGAGAUGCUGAUUUAAGAAAUAUUUGCAGUGGUCUCUUAAUUUUUUCCACAGCUGUAUAUAUACAGUGGGGAGAACAAGUAUUUGAUACACUGCCGAUUUUGCAGGUUUUCCUACUUACAAAGCAUGAAGAGGUCUGUAAUUUUUAUCAUAGGUACACUUCAACUGUGAGAGACGGAAUCUAAAACAAAAAUCCAGAAAAUCACAUUGUAUGAUUUUUAAAAGUAAUUAAUUUGCAUUUUAUUGCAUGACAUAAGUAUUUGAUCACCUACCAAUCAAACAGACUCCAACCUCUCCACAAUGGCCAAGACCAGAGAGCUGUGUAAGGACAUCAGGGAUAAAAUUGUAGGCCUGCACAAGGCUGGGAUGGGAUACAGGACAAUAGGCAAGCAGCUUGGUGAGAAGGCAACAACUGUUGGCGCAAUUAUUAGAAAAUGGAAGAAGUUCAAGAUGAUGGUCAAUCACCCUCGGUCUGGGGCUCCAUGCAAGAUCUCACCUCGUGGGGCAUCAAUGAUCAUGAGGAAGGUGAGGGAUCAGCCCAGAACUACACGGCAGGACCUGGUCAAUGACCUGAAGAGAGCUGGGACCACAGUCUCAAAGAAAACCAUUAGUAACACACUACGCCGUCAUGGAUUAAAAUCCUGCAGUGCACGCAAGGUCCCCCUGCUCAAGCCAGCGCAUGUCCAGGCCCGUCUGAAGUUUGCCAAUGACCAUCUGGAUGAUCCAGAGGAGGAAUGGGAGAAGGUCAUGUGGUCUGAUGAGACAAAAAUAUAGCUUUUUGGUCUAAACUCCACUUGCCGUGUUUGGAGGAAGAAGGAUGAGUACACCCCCAAGAACACCAUCCCAACCGUGAAGCAUGGAGGUGGAAACAUCAUUCUUUGGGGAUAAUUUUCUGCAAAGGGGACAGGACGACUGCACGUAUCGCGAGAUCUUGGCCAACAACCUCCUUCCCUCAGUAAGAGCAUUGAAGAUGGGUCGUGGCUGGGUCUUCCAGCAUGAUAACGACCCGAAAACACACAGCCAGGGCAACUAAGGAGUGGCUCCGUAAGAAGCAUCUCAAGGUCCUGGAGUGGCCUAGCCAGUCUCCAGACCUGAACCCAAUAGAAAAUCUUUGGAGGGAGCUGAAAGUCCGUAUUGCCCAGCGGAUCUGGAGAAGGUCUGUAUUGAGGAGUGGGCCAAAAUCCCUACUGCAGUGUGUGCAAACCUGGUCAAGACCUACAGGAAACGUAUGAUAUCUGUAAUUGCAAACAAAGGUUUCUGUACCAAAUAUUAAGUUCUGCUUUUCUGAUGUAUCAAAUACUUAUGUCAUGCAAUAAAAUGCAAAUUAAUUACUUAAAAAUCAUACAAUGUGAUUUUCAGGAUUUUUGUUUUAGAUUCCGUCUCUCACAGUUGAAGUGUACCUAUGAUAAAAAUUACAGAUCUCUACAUGCUUUGUAAGUAGGAAAACCUGCAAAAUCGGCAGUGUAUCAAAUACUUGUUCUCCCCACUGUAUGUCGCUCAUGCAGCUAACAAAAACAUAUGGAAAUAUCUGCUCUACCCAAAAUUACAACCAAAUAAUUGCAGCAUUACCGCAAAAAUGGAAGAGGAAAGUGGAAGGGGGAAAAAGUAAGGAGCUUGUCUGUCGGCCUUGCAUUAAAGGACAUGAUGGGUUAAAAAAAAUUGUGAUAAAUAAAAAAGUUUACCAGUUUCAUUUAAGGACCAAAUGAUUGACAGCCAUCCCAUAUAGAUUGCAAAAUAGUUGGGAAGGGAUUUUUGACGUACCGAUUCCAUGGCAUAGUGUUUAUGAACUGAUACGCAAAACGACGACGGAUACAAAACUUAGAAUUUUUCAAUUUAAAUUAUUAUAUAAAAUUCUUGCUACCAAUAGAAUAUUAUUUAUAUAUAUUAAGUUCUGCUUUUCUGAUGUAUCAAAUACUUAUGUCAUGCAAUAAAAUGCAAAUUAAUUACUUAAAAAUCAUACAAUGUGAUUUUCAGGAUUUUUGUUUUAGAUUCCGUCUCUCACAGUUGAAGUGUACCUAUGAUAAAAAUUACAGACCUCUACAUGCUUUGUAAGUAGGAAAACCUGCAAAAUCGGCAGUGUAUCAAAUACUUGUUCUCCCCACUGUAUAUAUAUAUAUAUCUCAUCAAAAGUUACAACAUUUUAAAAACAGUGAUUUUCAAACACUAUGAGAUUCGUGGUGACGUGGGGAGCAAGAAUAUACCCUCCCUCUGGCUAGAAACUCAUUGCAGGUUUUGAAAAUCACUGUUUUUCUUACUUUUAAUCCUACCCUGUGAUGUCACAGAGAAGCAUUUUUUAGGACCUUAUCUUUUUAACUACAGAUCAUAGAAAUGUGGUGUUUUCACAUGUAGACAAUAUGUAUGGUGCUGGAGAUAAUGAAUAUGGCGGAAUUGCCUUUUUAACUGUGGUUUACACCUCUCUCUCUCUCUCUCUCCCACCCCUCUCUCUCUCUCCCUCUCUAUCAGGGACACGUCAGGACAGGGGAGGUUCUGCACCAUCUUCAGGUCCUACUCCAGAGGAGCUCAGGUAGGAACACACAUUCUGCUGACACAGUACACACAUGCUGCUGACACAGUACACACAUUCUGCUGACACAGUACACACAUUCUACUGACAUAGUGUGUAUAUGUAUGUAUGUAUGUAUAUAUAUAUAUAUAUAUAUAUAUAUUUUAUUUUUUAUUUUUUAUUGUUUCAUUCACUUCUCUUUUUGACCUGCACUGUUGGAGCUUAAGAAUUUCACUGUACCCUGCAGUUACAUCUGAGACCCUGUGCAUGUGACUAAUAAACUCAUCUAAUCGAAUCUAGUACACACACAAUCUAAUGACUUAGUACACACACACACACCCCCAUUGUACUGACACAAGCCCCCUACUGAGUGUGUUUGGCUGGCCUUCUCUGCUUGUCCUACUCCUAUAAACAGGACAGAAAAGAACAAUGCCUGAUGUGUGUGUGUUCUCCAGGGGAUCCUGCUGGUGUAUGACAUCGCAAACCGCUGGUCGUUCGAAGGCAUCGACCGCUGGAUACGAGAGAUUGACGAGGUACGGAGAGGAGGGGGGAGGAGAGGAAGGGAAAUGGGGCAGAGGAGAUGAGAGAUGGAAGAUGGGAGAGGAGAGGAGGGAGCAAGGGUAGAAGGUGAUCUCGGAUCAGCUUUCUCCCUUUCCAAUCUUACCUUAACAUUAGAAUUAUUCCACAAUACUGACGACGGAUCAGCUAGAGAUAUAUUAUAAACUAUGGCUACAAAUAUUGAGGUGGUUCAUUCUAACGCUAUUAUAAUCCACUAAAUCCAGAUUUGGCACAUCAUUGUGCACGUUACACAUCAUGAAAUACACUGAGUGUACAAAACAUUUCCAUGACAUAGACUGACCAGGUAAAAGCUAUGAUCGCUUAUUGAUGUCACUUGUUAAAUCCACUUCAAUCAGUGUAGAUGAAGGGGAGGAAACAGGUUAAAGAAGGAUUUGUAAGCCUUGAGACAAUUGAGACAUGGAUUGUGUAUGUGUGCCAUUCAGAGGGUGAAUGGACAAGACAAAAGAUUUAAGUGCCUUUCAAUGGGGUAUGGUAGUAGGUGCCAGGCGCACCGGUUUGUGUCAAGAACUGCAAUGCUGCUGGGUUUUUCACGCUCAACAGUUUCCCGUAUGAAUCAAGAAUGGUCCACCACCCAAAGGACAUCCAGCCAACUUGACACAACUGUCAACAUGGGAGUGAACAUGGGCCAGCAUCCCUGUGGAACGCUUUCAACACCUCAAAGUCCAUGCCCAGAGGAAUUGAGGCUGUUCUGAGUGCAAAAGGGGGUUCAACUCAAUAUUAGGAAGGUGUUCUUAAUGUUUUGACCACUAAGCGUACUGUAUAUUGAGGCAAAAAAUUACAGACAGUAGCGUACAAAUAGCUAAAUAAAACUCAAUUGAAUGAACAUGAAAUAUAUUUCAAUAUCAUUCCAAUAUGUAGUCUAUACUGUAUCUUUUAAUACAGUCAUCUGAGUUUUCAUUUGGAGCGUCAUUAGAUCCUUCACUUGUUAUGCAAAGAAAUGGGCUGCUUUGUAUUUGUAGUCACAUUCGUUCUGAAGUUAUCAGCGGUCACAGAAAGACAGAUAAACAUCUUGAUUUUGUGUUUAGCGGAGAUCUUCUGUGUAUAAAGCGACGCGGUAGGGGAGGAAAAACGCAUCUAGCAACGUACUUAGCUGCUCUAAGAGUGGUCUGAGGCAGUCGUUAAAUAACAAUAUUUUUUCAAGACCAACUUUAGAAAUGAUGGUUUUGGGGAACUGCUCAGAGAUUGAACGAUGCUCCUAUGAAAGGUUCUAACGAUGAACUUAGCCUUAAGAUGCUUUUGGGAAACCGGUCCCUGAUCUCUAUAUUAUCUGAAAGGGACGGUUGUAACAGUUCCCUUGCUUUAUUUUACUUACUACUAUUUUCUGCUUCCUGUAAAUCACUUAAAUGCCUCCCCCCACCUCCCUCUCCCUCCCAUCAGCAUGCCCCGGGUGUACCUCGUAUCCUGGUAGGUAACCGGCUCCACUUGGCGUUCAAGCGCCAGGUUCCUACGGAGCAGGCCCGGGCGUACGCUGAGAAGAAUGGCAUGACCUUCUUCGAGGUCAGCCCGCUCUGCAACUUCAACGUCAUCGAGUCGUUCACAGAGCUGUCUCGCAUCGUACUGAUGAGGCACGGCAUGGAGAAGUUCUGGAAGCCCAACAGAGGUAGGGGGGGGGGGGGCUCUACACUGAGAUUUUUUUACAAGGAGUACAUGUGCUCCUAAUUACAAAAAUGUAGGCAAUUAGAAAAUACAGGGUUUAGGAGCACCAGAAGAUAAAAAUAAGAUUGAGAUACAGCCUACAUACAGCCUAUAUGCAUCCUAGCUAUCCUACUAUUAAUAUAAUAAUAUAUACCAUUUAGCAGAAGCUUUUAUCCAAAGCGACUUAGACAUGCGUGCAUACAUUUUUACAUAUGGGUGGUCCUGAGAAUUGAACCCACUAUCCUGGUCAUGCAAGCGCCAUGCACUACCAAGUGAACUACAGAGGACCAUGCUGUACCAACUGAACUACAGAGGACCAUGCUCUACCAACUGAACUACAGAGGACCAUGCUGUACUAACUGAACUAAAGAGGACCAUGCUGUACUAACUGAACUACAGAGGACCAUGCUGUACUAACUGAACUAAAGAGGACCAUGCUGUACCAACUGAACUACAGAGGACCAUGCUGUACUAACUGAACUAAAGAGGACCAUGCUGUACCAACUGAACUACAGAGGACCAUGCUGUACUAACUGAACUAAAGAGGACCAUGCUGUACUAACUGAACUACAGAGGACCAUGCUCUACUAACUGAACUACAGAGGACCAUGCUGUACCAACUGAACUACAGAGGACCAUGCUGUACCAACUGAACUACAGAGGACCAUGCUGUACCAACUGAACUACAGAGGACCAUGCUGUACCAACUGAACUACAGAGGACCAUGCUGUACCAACUGAACUACAGAGGACCAUGCUCUACUAACUGAACUACAGAGGACCAUGCUCUACCAACUGAACUACAGAGGACCAUGCUCUACCAACUGAACUCCAGAGGACCAUGCUGUACCAACUGAACUACAGAGGACCAUGCUUUACCAACUGAACUACAGAGGACCAUGCUCUACUAACUGAACUACAGAGGACCAUGCUCUACUAACUGAACUACAGAGGACCAUGCUCUACCAACUGAACUACAGAGGACCAUGCUGUACCAACUGAACUACAGAGGACCAUGCUGUACCAACUGAACUACAGAGGACCAUGCUCUACCAACUGAACUACAGAGGACCAUGCUCUACCAACUGAACUACAGAGGACCAUGCUGUACUAACUGAACUAAAGAGGACCAUGCUGUACCAACUGAACUACAGAGGACCAUGCUGUACUAACUGAACUAAAGAGGACCAUGCUGUACUAACUGAACUACAGAGGACCAUGCUGUACUAACUGAACUACAGAGGACCAUGCUGUACCAACUGAACUACAGAGGACCAUGCUGUACCAACUGAACUACAGAGGACCAUGCUGUACCAACUGAACUACAGAGGACCAUGCUCUACUAACUGAACUACAGAGGACCAUGCUCUACCAACUGAACUACAGAGGACCAUGCUCUACCAACUAAACUACAGAGGACCAUGCUGUACCAACUGAACUACAGAGGACCAUGCUGUACCAACUGAACUACAGAGGACCAUGCUCUACUAACUGAACUACAGAGGACCAUGCUCUACUAACUGAACUACAGAGGACCAUGCUCUACUAACUGAACUACAGAGGACCAUGCUCUACCAACUGAACUACAGAGGACCAUGCUGUACCAACUGAACUACAGAGGACCAUGCUGUACCAACUGAACUACAGAGGACCAUGCUCUACCAACUGAACUACAGAGGACCAUGCUCUACCAACUGAACUACAGAGGACCAUGCUGUACCAACUGAACUACAGAGGACCAUGCUGUACCAACUGAACUACAGAGGACCAUGCUCUACCAACUGAACUACAGAGGACCAUGCUCUACUAACUGAACUACAGAGGACCAUGCUCUACCAACUGAACUACAGAGGACCAUGCUCUACUAACUGAACUACAGAGGACCAUGCUCUACCAACUGAACUACAGAGGACCAUGCUCUACCAACUGAACUACAGAGGACCAUGCUGUACCAACUGAACUACAGAGGACCAUGCUCUACUAACUGAACUACAGAGGACCAUGCACUACCAAGUGAACUACAGAGGACCAUGCACUACCAAGUGAACUACAGAGGACCAUGCUGUACCAACUGAACUACAGAGGACCAUGCUCUACCAACUGAACUACAGAGGACCAUGCUCUACUAACUGAACUACAGAGGACCAUGCUCUACCAACUGAACUACAGAGGACCAUGCUCUACCAACUGAACUACAGAGGACCAUGCUGUACCAACUGAACUACAGAGGACCAUGCUGUACCAACUGAACUACAGAGGACCAUGCUCUACUAACUGAACUACAGAGGACCAUGCUCUACCAACUGAACUACAGAGGACCAUGCUGUACCAACUGAACUACAGAGGACCAUGCUCUACCAACUGAACUACAGAGGACCAUGCUCUACUAACUGAACUACAGAGGACCAUGCUCUACUAACUGAACUACAGAGGACCAUGCUCUACCAACUGAACUACAGAGGACCAUGCUCUACUAACUGAACUACAGAGGACCAUGCUCUACCAACUGAACUACAGAGGACCAUGCUCUACCAACUGAACUACAGAGGACCAUGCUGUACCAACUGAACUACAGAGGACCAUGCUCUACUAACUGAACUACAGAGGACCAUGCACUACCAAGUGAACUACAGAGGACCAUGCUGUACCAACUGAACUACAGAGGACCAUGCUGUACCAACUGAACUACAGAGGACCAUGCUCUACUAACUGAACUACAGAGGACCAUGCUCUACUAACUGAACUACAGAGGACCAUGCUCUACUAACUGAACUACAGAGGACCAUGCACUACCAAGUGAACUACAGAGGACCAUGCUGUACCAACUGAACUACAGAGGACCAUGCUGUACCAACUGAACUACAGAGGACCAUGCUGUACCAACUGAACUACAGAGGACCAUGCUCUACUAACUGAACUACAGAGGACCAUGCUCUACCAACUGAACUACAGAGGACCAUGCUCUACCAACUGAACUACAGAGGACCAUGCUGUACCAACUGAACUACAGAGGACCAUGCUGUACCAACUGAACUACAGAGGACCAUGCUCUACUAACUGAACUACAGAGGACCAUGCUCUACCAACUGAACUACAGAGGACCAUGCUCUACCAACUGAACUACAGAGGACCAUGCUGUACCAACUGAACUACAGAGGACCAUGCUGUACCAACUGAACUACAGAGGACCAUGCUCUACCAACUGAACUACAGAGGACCAUGCUCUACUAACUGAACUACAGAGGACCAUGCUCUACUAACUGAACUACAGAGGACCAUGCUCUACUAACUGAACUACAGAGGACCAUGCUCUACCAACUGAACUACAGAGGACCAUGCUGUACCAACUGAACUACAGAGGACCAUGCUCUACCAACUGAACUACAGAGGACCAUGCUGUACUAACUGAACUACAGAGGACCAUGCUCUACUAACUGAACUACAGAGGACCAUGCUCUACUAACUGAACUACAGAGGACCAUGCUCUACUAACUGAACUACAGAGGACCAUGCUCUACUAACUGAACUACAGAGGACCAUGCUCUACUAACUGAACUACAGAGGACCAUGCUGUACUAACUGAACUACAGAGGACCAUGCUCUACUAACUGAACUACAGAGGACCAUGCUCUACUAACUGGGCGGCAGGUAGCUUAGUGGGUAAGAGCGUUGUGCCAGUAACCGAAAGGUCGCUGGUUCUAAUCCCCGAGCCGACUAGGUGAAAAAUCUGUCGAUGUGCCCUUAAGCAAGGCACUUAACCCUAAUUGCUCCUGUAAGUCGCUCUGGAUAAGAGCGUCUGCUAAAUGACUAAAAUGUAAAUGUAAAUGUAACUGAACUACAGAGGACCAUGCUCUACUGAGUUACAGAGGACCAUGCUCUACUGAGUUACAGAGGACCAUGCUCUACUGAGUUACAGAGGACCACGCUCUACUGAGUUACAGAGGACCAUGCUCUACUGAGUUACAGAGGACCAUGCUCUACUGAGUUACAGAGGACCAUGCUCUACUGAGUUACAGAGGACCAUGCUCUAUACUGAGUUACAGAGGACCAUGCUCUACUGAGUUACAGAGGACCACGCUCUACUGAGUUACAGAGGACCAUGCUCUACUGAGUUACAGAGGACCACGCUCUACUGAGUUACAGAGGACCACGCUCUACUGAGUUACAGAGGACCACGCUCUACUGAGUUACAGAGGACCACGCUCUACUGAGUUACAGAGGACCACGCUCUACUGAGUUACAGAGGACCACGCUCUACUGAGUUACAGAGGACCAUGCUCUACUGAGUUACAGAGGACCACGCUCUACUGAGUUACAGAGGACCAUGCUCUACUGAGUUACAGAGGACCAUGCUCUACUGAGUUACAGAGGACCAUGCUCUACUGAGUUACAGAGGACCAUGCUCUACUGAGUUACAGAGGACCACGCUCUACUGAGUUACAGAGGACCAUGCUCUACUGAGUUACAGAGGACCAUGCUCUACUGAGUUACAGAGGACCAUGCUCUACUGAGUUACAGAGGACCAUGCUCUACUGAGUUACAGAGGACCAUGCUCUACUGAGUUACAGAGGACCAUGCUCUAUGAGUUACAGAGGACCACGCUCUACUGAGUUACAGAGGACCAUGCUCUACUGAGUUACAGAGGACCACGCUCUACUGAGUUACAGAGGACCACGCUCUACUGAGUUACAGAGGACCACGCUCUACUGAGUUACAGAGGACCAUGCUCUACUGAGUUACAGAGGACCACGCUCUACUGAGUUACAGAGGACCACGCUCUACUGAGUUACAGAGGACCACGCUCUACUGAGUUACAGAGGACCAUGCUCUACUGAGUUACAGAGGACCACGCUCUACUGAGUUACAGAGGACUACUUUAGAAGCACAUCUCCUAAAGAAGCUAUCCCGUUGUUUCUUUCUGAGCCACCAAAUGUUUGCAUACCACUGGUAAAGUUACCACACGGAUUAUUAUAUAUGUGGUUACCAGGUUACUAGCUAGCUAAUGCUUUAACAUGACUGAACAAGGUUGUAUUAAGGUUAGCAUCUCCUGUGUAUGAACUCUCUCUCUCUCUCUCUCUCCCCUCUCCUCUCUCUCUCCCCUCUCCUCCCUCCCUCUCCUCUCUCUCUCCCCUCUCCUCCCUCCCUCCCCGCUCUCUCCUCUCCUCCCUCCCCUUUCUCUCGCUCUCUCCAGUCUUCAGUCUUCAGGACCUGUGCUGCAGAGCGAUUGUCUCCUGCACGCCCGUCCACCUGAUUGACAAGCUGCCGUUGCCCGUGGCGAUAAAGUCCCACCUCAAGUCCUUCUCUAUGGCCAAUGGGAUGAACGCAGUGAUGAUGCACGGACGCUCCUAUUCGCUGGCCAACGUGGCGGGCGGGUCUAAAGGGAACAGUCUGAAGCGCUCUAAAUCCAUCAAACCCCCCCAGAGCCCCCCACAGAACUGCACACGCAACAACUGUAAAAUCUCCUAG